UUUCACCUCCCUCUCUCUCCUUCGCUAGGGCCUGCGACUGCGACUUCUGCUGCGAUUCUACCCGUCCACUCCCUUUGUUGUCUUUCAACUCCUAUUCCGUCCACUUUGGACUCGGGCGCUAGAAAUCCUCUAGCGACAACAGUAAUACUUUCGACCCAUCCUUCUCUGCCGUUUACGUAUAGCCACGAACAAAUCGUCAAAAAAAAAAAUCAGCAACAUGCCGGCGCGAACUCUCCCCACCUUCACUCGCACCGAGGUUGAGGCUCACAACUCCAAGAAGUCUUGCUAUGUCACCAUCGGUUCCAACGUAUACGAUGUGACCGACUUCGCUCAAGAUCAUCCCGGUGGAGCCGAUCUCGUCUACGAUUACGCUGGCAAGGACAUCGAUGCCAUUCUGCGCGACCCGACCUCUCAUCCUCACUCCGAGGCCGCAUACGAGGUCCUGGAUGACUCUCUGGUUGGCUUUGUCAUCAACCAGAAGACCGUUAACGGCGUCAACGGCGUCAACGGGAUUCGCAAGGUCAAUGGCACAGCAAAUGGCAAAACGAAUGGACAAGCGAAAGGAAACGAAAAGGCGAAUGGCGACGCCAACGGAACCAUCGAGAAGACUGAAGAAGCCGAGGGCGUUCAGAUGAACGAGCAUGGCGAGCUUUGGGACGGCGAACGUUGGGUCCAUCCCCGGACCGGUAUGGCCAGCGAGGAGGAUUUGAGCAAGGAAACGGAUUACACAAACGAUUACAAGAAACACAAGUUCCUUGACUUGAGCCGCCCUCUGUUCCCUCAGAUUUGGUUCGGCGGCUUCAGCAAGGAGUUUUACCUCGAUCAAGUCCACCGCCCUCGCCACUACAAGGGUGGCGAGUCCGCGCCUCUAUUUGGCAACUUCUUGGAGCCUCUGUCAAAGACACCCUGGUGGGUAGUCCCGCUCGCGUGGCUUCCGCCUGUCGCCUACGGUACCUAUCUGGCAAGAGAGGGCAUGGAUAGCACCUUCCAGGAGGUCUGCUACUGGGGCUUCGGAUUUUUCCUCUGGAGCUUGAUCGAAUACGUCUUGCACCGUUUCCUGUUCCAUCUCGACAAGUGGCUUCCUGACAACCGGGUUGGCAUCACUGCACACUUCCUCCUCCACGGCAUCCACCACUACUUGCCCAUGGACAAGUACCGCCUAGUCAUGCCUCCCACCUUGUUCGUUGUUCUCGCCACGCCGUUCUACAAGCUCGCGCACUGGGUUUUCUCGUACAGCUGGCACGCUGCCACGGCCGUCUACUGCGGAGGUAUCUUCGGCUACAUUUGCUACGACUUGACGCACUACUUCCUGCAUCACCAGAACCUUCCUCUGUGGUACAAGGAGCUCAAGAAGUACCACCUUCAGCACCACUUCCUCGACUACGAGCUUGGCUUCGGAGUCACCAGCCGGUUCUGGGACAGCAUCUUCGGCACUGAACUUCCUCCCAUUGUCAAGGCCAACUAAUUCCACUCAAACCACUGCACACGACCGCAACAUACAUCAUGUCAUGAUGACGACUUCUGGGGCCUAUUCCUAAUACCGAACCGAGCAAGUUUGCUCAUCUUCACCCUCACGUGUCCCACAAUGUAUAUACGCUUUUAGGGCUUUACUUUAACGCUGUAAUGGGGGGUCGUUUCAUGGGCGUUCUUAGGA